UCCCACACACGGUCGCUUCCUGUGCUGACUCACAACACAGGAAGCGACGCACUGAUUUUCAAGUGAGAGACUUUACAACUGCUUUUUAUAAUACACACACUGACAGAGAUUCCCGACUGAGCUGAAUUGGCCCUUACAGCAUCAUACAGCGGUAAACAGAGCAGUACUGAAUCAUGGAGAGCAGCACACAGAGAUCACCUCUUUCUUCAUGGAGGGACUGUUUUGUAUUAAAGCGGAUCCGCAUGUUGGUCCCUGUUGGUUUCAAGGCAGAAAUAAUAGAGUUGUCUAAACUGUCCGGACCUGUGAUUAUAUCCCAGCUCAUGGUUUUUCUAGUGAGUUUUGUCAGUACUGUUUUCUGUGGCCAUCUAGGGAAGACGGAGCUGGCAGGGGUGUCUUUGGCUAUAGCAGUUAUAAAUGUUACAGGUAUAUCUAUUGGAUCUGGUCUGGCUGCAGCAUGUGAUACUCUGAUUUCUCAGACCUUUGGGAGCCGUAACCUCCUGAGAGUUGGGGUCAUUCUGCAGCGGGCCAUCCUCAUUUUGCUACUGGCGUGUUUCCCAUGUUGGGCGAUCCUCAUUAACACAGAGCCCAUUCUGUUGGCUGUCAAACAGAAGCCAGAGGUAGCCAGGUUGUCUCAGUUGUAUGUGAAGAUCUUCAUGCCAGCUCUUCCUGCUACUUUCAUGUAUUCAUUAGAAACAAGAUAUCUGCAAAACCAGGGCAUCAUAUGGCCGCAGGUAAUCACAGGCAUUGUGGUCAAUCUUCUCAAUGCUUUAAUCAACUACAUCUUCCUUUACAUAUUAAAUAUGGGAGUAGCAGGCUCUGCUGUUGCCAACGCCCUUUCCCAGUUCUCCAUGGCUGCUAUUCUCUAUGCUUAUAUCCUGUGGAAAGGUCUUCAUAAGGCCACCUGGGGAGGCUGGUCUAAAGAGUGUCUGCAGGACUGGGGCUCAUACAUCCACUUGGCCAUCCCCAGCAUGGUCAUGCUAUGUGUUGAGUGGUGGUCGUAUGAGAUUGGAGGCUUUCUGGCAGGUCUAAUAAGUGAGACUGAGCUUGGAGCUCAAUCAGUUGUGUACGGACUGGCAAAUGUUGCAUACAUGUUCCCUAUGGGUUUUGGUAUAGCAGGCAAUGUAAGAGUUGGAAAUGCACUGGGAGCAGGAGACACAGAGCAGGCUAAGCUGUCUGCUAAACUGACAGUGUUCUGUGCAGUGUCGGUCUCUAUAUGUUUGUCAGUACUUCUGGGGAGCUUGAAGAACCAUAUCUCUUACAUCUUUACAUAUGAUGAACAAAUCCGGGAAAGGGUUGCUGACAUUAUAAGUUUAUACGCUCCGUUCGUCCUCUUAGAUGCAAUAGCAGCAUCCUUGGGAGGCAUUAUAAGAGGAGCAGGCAAACAGAGGAUUGGGGCUAUUUGUAACAUUUUGGGAUAUUAUGGUGUUGGUUUUACCGUUGGCGUGCCACUGAUGUUUGUAGCCAAGUUGGGAAUUCAAGGUCUGUGGAUAGGCUUGUUUACCUGUGUGUUUCUGCAGUCCUCAUUCCUGAUUUUCUAUCUGUUGAGAAUGAACUGGAAGAAAGCGACAACUGAGGCUCAAAUCAGAGCGGGAGUUUGUGGGAGGUCCACGGACACAAGUCCCCAACCAGAUGAUACAGACACCCUGGACCCGGUUGACACUGAGGCGGAGCCAGCAGUAAAGACAGUGGAGGAGGAGCAGCUUUCUCACAGGUCUCUGGUUCUGCGUAGGGGCCUGGCUCUGGCUGCCAUGUUAUUCAUCCUGGCUGAUGGAAUCAUUAUGAACCUGCUGAUCACUAACUUGAUUACGUAAUUGUGAGCAAAGUCUAUUGUAUUUAUUGAAGUAACUCCUAACGCAUCAAUAUGAGGCAGAUGUUAGCAUUGCAGGAUGCCAGAAGACAGGCACACGUGCAGAUGGGCAUUAAGUAGACAGAGCACAGAAAGUGAAAUGAUGUAUUAUCAAUAAAUUAUUCUACUAAAGCAAAAUAUUACUCUAAAAUCAUUAAAUCACAACAUUUUCCAGUGAACCUGCCAGUGUUCGGCUCACAACCACAUACUGUCAAAGAGAAUAUGUCAAACUACAGGCAGUUUGACAACCUUUGUAUUUAAUGCAUUAAAACAGAAGAAUUGUGGUUAUCUUGGGUUCUUAAGGUCAAUCUGAAUCUUCCAUUUGGGACCCGAGAAGUGAGAGCGAGAGUGAGCCAGUAAAAGAGCCAGUAAAAAGAGAUAAGACAGUAAAAACAUUCUUCACUUGAGUUACAAGUCGACAAGACACAUGUGCAGAAGAGAAAAAGAGGGAAACUAAAAUGUUUUAUUGUCUAUGAUCAAACAAUAAAUUAAUAUCUAAAAA